CCCUCUUUCACUUCAUUGCUCCCAAAAGGCCAGGUUCUACCACUUCACUUGCUUCUCCAUUAUACUCUUCAUCAUUGUCAUCUUCACCUCUUUGUCAUACCUCACAAUGGAGGCCAGGAGUAUUGAGAGGAAGAGAACAUUGAUGAUGGAGAAGGUGAGAAAGAACAAGACAGUUGAAGAAGACAUGGAAAAUGAAGUAGAAGAGGAAGAUGAAACUGGUGGUGGUGAUGUUAUUUUCACAGAAGAAGAGAAGAAGAAAGGGAGAAGAGGAUCAAGUGGUGGUGGAGGGGUUUCUCCACCUUCAUGCCAAGCUGAGAGAUGUGGUGCUGAUUUGACUGAUGCAAAGAGAUACCAUCGCCGCCAUAAGGUGUGUGAGUUUCAUUCCAAGGCACCAGUUGUGGUGGUUGCAGGGCUGAGGCAGAGGUUUUGCCAGCAAUGUAGCAGGUUUCAUGACCUGGCGGAGUUUGAUGAAGCUAAGAGAAGCUGCCGGAGGCGGUUGGCCGGACACAACGAGCGACGCCGGAAAAGCAACCCGGAAGCCAGCAAUGAGGGCAGCAAAGGCCAUCUUCACCCUAAGGAAACAACACAGUGCAGGAUUGCUGAUGAGAGGGGAAGAGUUCAGAUGAACCUGCCAGGGAGUUCUGGCUAUAAGUCAUUUAACAUCCGAUGAAGCCAAAGUGUUCAGCAAGCUCUCUCUCUUCUGUCACUCUCUGGUUUCUUACAAGCCAAGGCAUAAAAUAAAAGUAAAGACCCCUUUGUAUGUUUACUAGAAAAAGAAUCUAAUUUGACUCACAAAACUUCCAACAUACAAAGGGGGUGUCUUAUGAAAUGUGAGCUAGUUUCCCUCGAGGUCUGUGUUUACUUGCUAAUGAGUGCCUUUUGUUUCUGUUUUCCUUAUAAGUACCCUUAUUAUAAAGUACCCAUGGAUGCUGCUGUAACUUUAUCUUCGACUGGAUUAGAAUAAAAAACAAUUGCUUC